UGCUGCGGUAUGUACGUGUACAUCACACUAGGAAUAGCAGGAUUCGAUUGGAAGUAGAGCACAUGAUCAGUGGUUGAUGUUGUGAUGAAAAGUGACAGGUAGAUAGUGGCAACUACAUCGGGCUCUUCUAACGAAACCUACAGGAUUUGCAGCUAUCGGAAAAUUAUCCCCCUACAGUUGUAAGUGAAAUGGACAACACAUCAACAGCAACUACCGAGGAGGAAAUCUAUGCAAUGUUAGAAUGCUUCACAUCAACAGAAAACAAAGAGCGUUUAUUGAUCCAGUACAGUUUGGAUGAGGAUUGUAUAAUGCUUGAAGAUCCAGUACAUGUUGGGAAUAGUAGCAGUAGACUAGGCUGGAUGCAACAUAAGGAAGAUGAGGAGGUGAAAACAGCUAGGGGAGACCCAGAAGAAGAAACUUCAAGUGCCAGUACUUCAAACUCAUACAGAGAUGAGUGGUUGCGGCUAUUUGAGAGACCAGACUAUAUUCAAAUUAUCAAACAGGAAGGACUGAAAGGAAAAUUAAGAAGUAGCAGAUUCCGCAGUGUAUGCUGGCGGGUUUAUUUAGAAGUACUUCCUGAAUCUCAAGCACAAUGGGUGACAUCCGUCAGACAGGACAGAGAGAAGUAUGCAACCAUCAAGAGAAGGUACAUUCUGGACCCUCAGACUGGAUCCGAGAGUAGAGAAGCAGAUCUCAGUCUGAAUAAUCCACUCUCUCAGGAGGAACAUAGUCCUUGGAACCGGUUCUUCCAAGACAAGGAAUGUAAGCAGGAGAUCAGUCAGGAUGUAAGACGUACCUUCCCUGAGAUUGAAUUCUUCCAAACAUCUGAGAUGCAUGACAUGAUGGUUAACAUUCUCUUUUGCUACUGUAAGGAACAUGAGGAGCUUGGAUACAAACAGGGUAUGCAUGAGAUUCUGGCUCCGCUUAUCUUUAUUCUUCAUUGUGACCAGCAGGCUUUCCUCCAUGCCCAAGAAAUCAAGUCACAAAUCUUGGUUGGACCUGCCAAAAGGGAGGUAGUGCAAGAAAUAAUGGAGCCAACCUUCCUGGAACAUGAUUCUUACAUGAUGUUCUUUCAUCUGAUGGACACCAUGGAACCAUGGUACCGGCAUGGAACUCGUGAAGAGUCCUUAAUGAGUAGAAACUCAGACUUCAAAUCAGCCGCGCCAUUCUCCAAGGCUCCUGAAUGUUCACCAUCUUCACCACUCAUUAAGAAGCUCACUAAGAUACAGGAUGUAGUGCUGAAAUGUCAUGACAGUGAGCUACACACACAGCUUACGAGAUUAGAUAUACAGCCACAAAUAUUUGGCAUACGUUGGAUUCGGCUACUCUUUGGUCGUGAAUUCACGCUUCAAGAUCUGUUAGUUCUCUGGGAUACAAUAUUUGCUGACAGCCAAACGCUAGAUCUAAUUGACUACAUCUUUGUAGCUAUGCUGAUCCUUGUUAGAGAAUUGUUGUUGGCAGGUGAUUAUGCAGAUUGUAUGACACUACUUAUGCGCUUCCCUAUGGUUGGUGAUGUACGGUGUCUGGUUGAUAAAGCACUUCACUUACGUGACCCUAAGAAGUAUCCUCGCCCAGCCAAUUAUCAGUUCCAGAUCCUGCAGCAGAGUGAUGCAGGAGUCGUCAUUCCAUCUAGUUCUAGACCCUCACGUCGGUCCUACUCCAAUGGAGCUGUGGGAGCUGUACAAGGGAGUUCAAUCAACUCAUCAACCUCUGCAACUAACUUUAGGAAUAAGACCUCGUCUGUUAUGACAUCUGGUCUGAAUAGUCUGAAGAGGAUUACUACGAAGGGGCGACAGCAGACUGAUGGAGGAAAGAUUGAGAAGACGAGGUCUUUGGAUGUGAUUGACAUAGAUUCCUCCAACUUAAACGCAUCAUCUCAUCCUCUGGCCGCCUCAGCAGACUUGGUGUCAGAGGUCAAGUCUCGACCUCUGAAGGUCAAAGCAGCAACCCCAACACAAGACACCAACAUGCAGUCAUUUAGCUCAGAUGCUGUGAUGGGGAUAAGUGGAGGUGUACAGCGCAGGGAGAACCAGGGAGGAUUGUUUUCUAAAUCCAGAGGUGGGGGAAAGAAGAACCAGCAGCGAGAGCUUGAGACGGACCUGUACCAGCAAGUAGCAGUUUUACAGGGCAAGAUGAACGACCUCCAGAACAUGUGUAGAUAUUGUGCAACCAAGAUGGAAGCCCACCUCAUGCAAGUACAAGAUGAGAUGGUCAAACUAAAACUCACCCAAGAAGAUGAAUUACUUCUAGCUGUUGCUGGUCUCAAACAGGUCAAAGACAUUCUCAAAGGAACUCUGAAAUUUGCACAAGGGAUGGAAGAGCAAGAGGACUUGAAGAUUAAUGACGAUUAUUACGGUAAAGAUGACGAACACUCUGCGCCAACAGUCAAACACAUUGACGCAUCACGAGAAACAUAUCUGGACAAUGACAAGAACCAGACAAGGAAUCUUGAGUUGGAGAACAUGUUCAGUAACGUAGGGGGAGUAUGCUCCCCAACGAGUAGUAUGAGUGACUCAGACAAGCAGUCUGAACAGACAGACGCCUGGAAUUCCAGUGAGUGCAAUAACAAUGGUAGUAUUUCAAUGACGACGGACGAGAGUGAACAGUCUUGUGCGAGCCAUGAUGGGGAGUUAGCCAGUGAACAUGGUGAAGCCCACUGACUUAUGCAUACUUUGAGAUAAAGAACAAUUAAGAAAUAGGUAUAUUGUAUGUUUAAAUAAACACAACCAAUACUUUAAUGAUUAUUUCCCUCCCCAACUGUUGUCAAACUGAAACCAGGUAGUGGUAGGCAAGACGUCAAAUUCUUGGAAAGAACUGUUUAUAUAAUACUUAGCAGUGCAAUUGAAUAUUUUCUCAUUUACUUUGGUUCAACAAAGAAGAACUCUCUUUGUAAAGUCACAAGAUGUCUGGCCCAGCACAGAAUGCACAGCACACGGGGUCAUAGCUAGACUUUUGGACAAGUCGUUAAUGGUCCCACCCGAUGAGAUAGUCAAGUUGUGGCGGUGCUCUAUGGCAAGAUCACUGCUCUCGCGCGAACUGCUGGUUGCUGACAGCUUGCUUGCUUACUUAAGUCGAGUGAUGUCCUCGAAUCACGAUGGUUCCCCAAGCCUUUCUGUCCCCCAUUGCUGACUUGAAAUCUGCUGAUUCAAGUCCUGUGUCUAUUUUGAGAAUGUCAGUGUACAUGUAAGUUAGUGCCGGUCUACCAGGUUUCCUCUUUCCAUGCUUAGGGGUCCACAGAACAAUAUUGGACACUGGUUCGUCUUUGCUCCUGUAGCAGUAGCAGGCAAAAUGCAUCCUUCUCUGUCUGAUUUUUGUUGAUAGCUUAGAUAGGUUCCCAUAUAGGACUUUGUUAGUCAUAUGUUGACUCCAGUGGAUGUUAAGAGCUGUUCUUAAUAGCCUUGUGUAGCACCCAUUUAUCUGCUUUUCCAGUUUUGGAGUAAGAGUCCAUGCCUCACAGCCGUAUAACAGCACGUAGUAGAAUACUGCGGGAAUCCCGGGGAGACAUAUCACCGCGACAGACAUUUAACGACCUGUCCACAAGUCUAGGUCAUAGCUAGGAAAGGCCAGCAUCAAAUCACACAACCUUCCAGAUUGGGUUUGUGGGAGCCUGCUUUUCCCUUUGGGGUACCACUAGAUCAAAGAAAGCCUUGUGGGGUAGAAUUGUUCAAUUGUUAAAAAGUACCUUGUAAGUUGUCGUAGGUAAGGGCAGGCACUGGACACUAUUGGUAAUUUUCAAAGACCAGUUUUCUCACUUGGUGUAUCUCAGCAUAUGCAUAAAA